AUGCAUCUCCAGGAUCCAGAGAGAUAUGGUCCCCACGGAGACUCCAAGCACCCACAGGACGAGGUGACGGCGGACCAGGCCAGUGAUGAGGUUCCCAAUGAGGAUGCUCAAGCUGGUGUCACACAGGCUGAAGCCAUCACGUUGUCAUGGACUAAGUCUUCUAUGAUCGCAACUUACGCCCUGAUGUGGUGUAUCUACUGCGUAAACGCUUUCCAGUCCAACAUCACCGGCAAUCUGUCCGCCUACAUUACGUCUGGUUUCGAAUCGCACUCCCUGCUCCCCGUCAUUUCCAUUAUCUCGUCUAUCAUGGGAGCUGCAACCUACAUGCCUUUGGCCAAGGUGCUUAACCUGUGGGACCGUACCGUUGGUCUCCUGAUCAUGCUUGUAUUCUUCCUCUUGGGCUUGAUCUUGUCGGCAACCUGCAACGAUAUUGGAACCUACUGUGCAGCCCAGGUCUUUUACGCCAUUGGUUCUGCCGGUAUCAUCUUCUGUGUUGAUGUCGUUACCAUCGAUACCUCAACUCUCCGCAGCAGAGGUCUGGCUUAUGCUUUGACUUCUUCUCCAUACAUCAUCACCGCAUACGCUGGUCCUGCUUCCGCUGAGCAAUUUUACGCAACCAACUGGCGCUGGGGAUACGGAACUUUCUGUAUCGUUCUGCCUGCUGUAGUCCUUCCUUUCUUCGGUCUGCUGCGCUACUUCCGUUCCAAGGCUAAGAAGAACGGACUUCUCAAGGACAAGCCCAAGAGCGGUAGAACCUUCAAGCAAAGUGUCUGGUACUAUGUUAUCGAGUUCGAUGUCCUAGGUGUCUUCCUCUUGACUGCUGGUCUCGCUCUUUUCUUGCUUCCUUUCACCAUUGCUGGAUCUGCUGAAGACGACUGGAAGUCACCUCACAUCAUUGUCAUGCUUGUCAUUGGUUUCUGCUGCCUGAUAGGUUUCGCUGUUGCCGAACGCUUCCUCGCUCCUGUGCCUUUCCUGCCCUGGGAGCUCCUCGCUAAUAGAACGGUCAUUGGUGCUUGUCUGAUCGAUGCCACCUACCAGAUUUCAUACUACUGUUGGUAUGAUUACUUCACCUCUUACCUUCAGGUCGUCUUCGGUACCAGUCUUGCUACUGCCGGUUACAUUGCCAGCAUUUUCGAUGUCGUCUCUGGUGUGUGGCUCUUCUGUGUCGGAUUCGCCAUCAAGGGUACUCGUCGCUUCCGCUGGUUGCUUUGGAUCGCCGUUCCUCUCUACAUCCUCGGUAUUGGUCUGAUGAUCUACUUCCGUAGACCUGGAUUCUCUGUCGGCUACACUAUCAUGUGCCAGAUCUUCAUCGCUUUUGCCGGCGGAACUAUGAUUAUCUCUCAGCAGGUUGCUGUCCUGUCUGCCUCUGACCACAACAACGCCGCUGCUGCUCUCGCCUUCCUCAACGUCUUUGGUAACAUUGGCGGUGGUAUUGGUGGCAGUAUCUCUGGUGCCGUCUGGACUCACACCAUGCCCAACGCACUGCAGAAGUAUCUUCCCGCCGAGGCGCUCGCCGACUGGGAGACCAUCUACGAAGACCUUGCUACUCAACUCAGCUAUCCUAUGGGCGACCCCGUCCGUGAUGCUAUCAUUCAGGCUUACUCCAUGGCUCAGAGCAGAAUGUUGAUCGCUGGUACUUGCAUCAUGGCUACUUCGCUUGUAUGGAUGUUCAUCAUUAAGGAUGUCAAGCUUAACAAGACCCAGACCAAGGGUGUCUUGUUCUAG